AUGGGCUACCAUAAAAGACGUGCGUCAAAACCACCUCCAAGCCACCACAAGCAGUUUUACUCGCCCGACCACGACCACAGCCGAGGCACGUGGCCUCCUCUUGCACAAGGCGUGGACUUCCGAGGCUCGGAGCAAAGUCAGCCGGGCGAUGCGAUCCACCAACACUCCUCUUUUAUCCGUAUAUUGUAUCCGUUUUCUGGACAUAACGCGUUAAACGUUUAA